AUGCCGACAUCUACAUCUGAAUCAACGACAACAGCUGGAUCAACAACGGUAGAUCAACCAACAACAACUGAAACCACAACUGAAACGGAAACAUCAACUAUGCCCACAUCUACAUCUGAAUCAACGACAACAGCUGGAUCAACAACGGUGGAUCAACCAACAACAACUGAAACCACAACUCAAAUGGAAACAUCAACUAUGCCGACAUCUACAUCUGAAUCAACGACAACAGCUGGAUCAACAACGGACUCAACGACAACAGCUGGAUCAACAACGGUAGAUCAACCAACAACAACUGAAACCACAACACAAAUGGAAACAUCAACUAUGCCCACAUCUACAUCUGAAUCAACGACAACAGCUGGAUCAACAACGGUAGAUCAACCAACAACAACUGAAACCACAACACAAAUGGAAACAUCAACUUUGCCCACAUCUACAUCUGAAUCAACGACAACAGCUGGAUCAACAACGGUAGAUCAACCAACAACAACUGAAACCACAACUCAAAUGGAAACAUCAACUUUGCCCACAUCUACAUCUGAAUCAACGACAACAGCUGGAUCAACUAUGCCGACAUCUACAUCUGAAUCAACGACAACAGCUGGAUCAACAACGGUAGAUCAACCAACAACAACUGAAACCACAACUCAAAUGGAAACAUCAACUUUGCCCACAUCUACAUCUGAAUCAACGACAACAGCUGGAUCAACAACGGUAGAUCAACCAACAACAACUGAGACCACAACUCAAAUGGAAACAUCAACUAUGCCCACAUCUACAUCUGACUCAACGACAACAGCUGGAUCAACAACGGUAGAUCAACCAACAACAACUGAAACCACAACACAAAUGGAAACAUCAACUUUGCCCACAUCUACAUCUGAAUCAACGACAACAGCUGGAUCAACAACGGUAGAUCAACCAACAACAACUGAAACCACAACUCAAAUGGAAACAUCAACUAUGCCGACAUCUACAUCUGACUCAACGACAACAGCUGGAUCAACAACGGUAGAUCAACCAACAACAACUGAAACCACAACUCAAAUGGAAACAUCAACUAUGCCCACAUCUACAUCUGACUCAACGACAACAGCUGGACCAACAACAGUAGAUCAAACAACAACAACUGAAACCACAACACAAAUGGAAACAUCAACUAUGCCGACAUCUACAUCUGAAUCAACGACAACAGCUGGAUCAACAACGGUAGAUCAAACAACAACAACUGAAACCACAACACAAAUGGAAACAUCAACUAUGCCGACAUCUACAUCUGAAUCAACGACAACAGCUGGAUCAACAACGGUAGAUCAACCAACAACAACUGAAACCACAACUCAAAUGGAAACAUCAACUAUGCCGACAUCUACAUCUGACUCAACGACAACAGCUGGAUCAACAACGGUAGAUCAACCAACAACAACUGAAACCACAACACAAAUGGAAACAUCAACUUUGCCCACAUCUACAUCUAAAUCAACGACAACAGCUGAAUCAACAACGGUAGAUCAACCAACAACAACUGAAACCACAACUCAAAUGGAAACAUCAACUAUGCCGACAUCUACAUCUGAAUCAACGACAACAGCUGAAUCAACAACGGUAGAUCAACCAACAACAACAACAACAACUGAAACCACAUCUACCACUCAAUCAACAACGACUGCACCAACAUCUACCACUCAGUCAACAACGACUGCACCAACAUCUACCACUCAGUCAACAACAACUGCACAAACAUCUACCACUCAGUCAACAACGACUGCACCAACAUCUACCACUCAGUUAACAACAACUGCACCAACAUCUACCACUCAGUUAACAACAACUGCACCAACAUCUACCACUCAGUCAACAACGACUGCACCAACAUCUACGACUCAGUUAACAACAACUGCACCAACAUCUACCACUCAGUUAACAACAACUGCACCAACAUCUACCACUCAGUCAACAACGACUGCACCAACAUCUACCACUACAACGACUGCACCAACAUCUACCACUCAGUCAACAACGACUGCACCAACAUCUACCACUCAGUCAACAACAACUGCACCAACAUCUACCACUACAACGACUGCACCAACAUCUACCACUCAGUCAACAACAACUGCACCAACAUCUACCACUCAGUCAACAACGACUGCACCAACAUCUACCACUCAAUCAACAACAACUGCACCAACAUCUACCACUCAGUCAACAACAACUGCACCAACAUCUACCACUCAGUCAACAACGACUGCACCAACAUCUACCACUCAGUCAACAACAACUGCACCAACAUCUACGACUCAGUCAGCAACAACUGCACCAACAUCUACCACUCAUUAA